UGAAUGUGGCGUUUCAUCUGGUCGAGGGGACCGAUCAUUAACAAUCCUCUACAUCCGAUGGGCCCAAUCCUUGAUCAUUUAAAUACAAAAUUCAAGGAAAUGUACCGACUGUCCCAAGAAAUUUGUAUCGAUGAAUCCCUAACGCUGUGGAAAGGUUCCGUCGGCUUUAAGCAGUACAUUAGAACAAAAGCCGCGCGGUUUGGUAUUAAAACAUACCAAUUAUGUGAGUCCGCAAGGUACCUUUGGUCGUUCUUUGUGUACAUUGAUCGCGGCUCAGAACCGGCUUCAAUCCCAUCAAGCGUACAGACGGUCAUAAAACUGGUGCGACCCCUUCUCCAUUUGGGGCACACUCUGUACAUGGACAAUUGGUUCAACUCCCCUAUGCUUGCGCGAUGGCUGAAAAGGCAAAAAACCGACUGCGUGGGGACACUCCGUGCGUCUAGAAAGCACGUACCUCUAGAGGUGCAGAGUUGUCCUCUCGCAGAAGGUCAAUUUAUUACCCGAGCAUCUGAGAAUGUCAUGGUAGUGGCAGUUCAGGACCGGAAGAGGGUGACUUUUCUGUCCACAUAUCAUGACGUCUCUCAAGUACGCAAGGAACCUCNUCAUCCUUACCAAUCAAAAUACCAUCAUCUACAGGUACGAGACGCUUUUAGGUUAUGGCAGUAG